GUGGACACUAAUCAACAACUUUAAUUCUCUUCAAAAUGAGUAUUGACUCCUGCUAUGAAGAUGUAAUUGCCAAAUUGAGAACACAAGGCAAAAUACUGUCAAUAUCACAGAAGCUAUUAUCUUUAACAACCAAUGAUGAUAGGGUGUUAUAUGUUUAUAAUAUUCUUGAAAGCUUGCAAGCUCUGCCUACACCAUUAGAAGUCUCUAAGACUGAGAAUGUAUCAACCUAUUACCGUAACUAUGGCAACCAAUGCUUCCAAAACAAAGAUGACUAUAGAGCUUGGCAAUACUACAAUUUGUCACUGCUCUUUGCACCAUUUUCAUCAGAAAACUACUGUUUGGCAUUGUCUAAUAGAUCUGCUGUCUUUUACUCACUAAAGAAAUAUAGAGAAUGUUUACAAGACGUCAAGGAUAUUCUUUCAAUCAAAUAUCCUGAAAAAUUAAAAGAUAAACUGAGUAAAAGAUUGGUAUCAUGUGUGGAAUAUUUAGCAAAUGAUAAAAAAGCAAAUGAUACAAACAAUGCAGAUAUUAACAACAUUCUUACAUUGCAAGGUCCGAAAGACCCAAGGUAUCCAUGCGCUAGUUCAAAACUGGAGGUUGUAUUCAGUGAGGAAAUGGGACGUCAUGUGAUAGCUAAAGAUGACAUAAAAGUUGGUGAAGUUUUAGUACAAGAAAAUCCAUACUUUACUCUUCUUCUGAAAGAUCAGUACUUAUUCAGUUGCAGUUACUGUUUAUCUAGAAAUUGUAAUUUGUUGCCAUGUACAAACUGUUGCUUUGCUCUUUACUGCAGCCCAGCAUGUAGGAAGAAUGCUUGGAAAGAUUAUCAUUCAGCUGAAUGUGUUCUUAUGCCUACUUUGAUCCAUAUGGAGUUCACCAAACUGGAGCUUCUCGCCUUUAGAACCGUUGUUAAAGCCCGAAAAGAUCAUUUAUGUUGGGAUGAUGUAUUUAAAACUAUUCAGAAGGCUGAUUCUAACUUAAAUACUGAGUUCAGAGGCCAUGUCCACAUAGAUGGCCAAUGGAUUUAUGAUUCUAGAUUUUACACUUCAAUACACACAUUGGCUUCGAAUGUUGAAAGAAGGUCUAUCUCUGAUAUUUUUCAGAAAUCAGUUUCUGCAGCAGUGUUUCUCCAUUUGUUAGCAACCAAAACUGAUUUUCUAAAUGGAAAUGAAAAUGAUGAAGAGAAAAUACGUAGAUGUGUAGCAGGAAUGUUACUACUGCACAUAAUGACUAGCCCUACAAACAUGCAUGGGCUGAGUACAAAUAUUGAGACUGCUGAUGGUAAUUUUGUGGAAGAGAUUAGCUUGGCCAGUGCUCCAUAUGCUUACCACAGUUUAUUAAAUCAUUCUUGCUCCCCAAAUGUUGUACGAUUUGGAAAAUUGGGAACUGGAAAUAUGACUUUGUUUUCUCUAAGGCCAAUUAAGAAGGGGAUGCAGCUGUUUGAUAACUAUGGGUCACAUCACGCACUUCAAGGUCGCAAGAUACGUCAAGAAUCUCUCAAAUUCCAAUACAAGUUUACUUGUACCUGCGAAGCUUGCAUAAAUGACUGGCCUACUUACCUCGCUAUGAAACCGUCCAAAAAUCUUCCCUUAGACAUCAUCAAACGUACGCAAAGGGUUUUGAACUCUGAAGCCAUCGAGAAUCUACAAAAAGGAGACCAAGACACUGCAUUGCAACUAUUUAAACCUUUAUGUCAAUUAAUAGAGCAGUUAGAACCUUAUUGCCCUUGCAGGGAACUUUCUGAUUGCCAGGAGGCUUUGAAACAGUGCCUUGCAAUUUUCGAGGGAUUAUUGCCUUAUGGGUAUAGUAAUUUAGUGCAAUGGAAUGCUAUGCCGCCAAAAGCGGAUUAAUAAUAUGCUUUUUAUUUUAGUAUCCCUUACAAUGAUGAUAAUUAAUUAUGGAAAUCCGAAACUAGGAUAAGUAAUGGUGUGCCUAUUUUAAAUUAAAUAAACAAUAAAUAUAAUAUCGUCGGCUAAAUUUUAAAACCAUGUAACACUGUUUUUGUACGAAAUAACUUUUUUACUCUUCAAGCGCUAACUUAAAAUUUAAUUUUUCUACUCCAGUACUUUAAUGUCAAUUACAAUUUCUUAAACCAUGUACUAAAGGCGCUCUUUUUAGUUCUGAAUUAAAAUUCUAUUGUCUAUGGUACUCACUACUGAACUAAAUUUCAUUAAACUAAUUCACUAAGCAUAGUCUGCAUUAAACUUCUGUACACAGUACUUCAAUGAGUGUAGAGUUCCAAAAAUGAACAUAUUUUUGCUAUAAUAUAUCAUAUAUGACGCUACUCAAACGCUGUGCUGCUGAUUAGUUACAUUGGCAUAAAGAUCUUGCAACCAGCCCAACCUUUGUUGCCCUCAUUAUGCAACAAUUGCAUAAAAUAUUAUUGUAGACCCUUUUUAAGUUAUAAAAUUAAGGUAUAAUCAUAGAUUGCCUUAUAAUUUCUGCUAUUGAUAAGCGUGUCGCUUACCACCAGACGCACGACUCCUUCGUCCCGUCACUUGGUUGAUAUUAUAAGAAAAAAAAUUCCAGUAACUGUUUUCUGUGUUUAAUCAAAAGUUCACAUUGAUGGAUGUUACGAGGUUUACAAACUUAGCUGACGAUAAUUAUGUAACAUUUAUUUGUGAAUAAUUUAAUUAAUUUUCAUACUACAAACUACAAAAUAAUAUACGAUUGUUAUUAUUUUUUACAAAAUGUGAGUAUUAAAAAUAUAGUCUUGAAUAUAUUUAAUAAUAUGUAUUUUUAUAAUAGUCACUUACAAAUAUCACAUUGUUAAAAAAUAUAACAGAUAUUUUUUAACCUAGACAAAUAUGGCCAUAAAAUUUAUAAAUUACGCGACAAUUUAAUUAA